GGAGUUGACACAUUGGUCUCUGCUGGGGAUAACUCAGCUUUCCAGGUUUUCAAGGUUGCAUGUGUUUCCUCCAGUGUUAUUUGGAGAAACUGUUUCUGUUCAAGAUAAGAUAAGACAAAGGGGGCUCUGUGGGUGGCUCAUGCCUGUAAUCCCAGCACACUGGGAGGCCGAGGCAGGCGGAUCACAAGGGCAGGAGUUCAGAGACCAGCCUGGCCAAUAUGGUGAAACCCCAUCUCUACUAAAAAUAGAAAAAUUAGCCGGGUGUGGUGGGUACCUGUAGUCCCAGCUAUUUGGGCGGCUGAGGCAGGAGAAUCACUUGAACGUGGGAGGUGGAGCUUUCAGUGAGCCGAGAUCGCGCUACUGCACUCCAGCCUGGGCGACUGAGCAAGACUCUGUCUCAAAAAAAAAAAAAAAAAAAAAAAAGAUAAGACAAAGGGAUGGGGGAGUGGCGUGUCACCUAAACCACAUGUGGACAGAUGAGGACUGGUGCUGGAGUUCAGAGUGAAACUAAUUCUUCUGAGUAACCUUACUCUAAAUAUUUUAGUGAGGUGACAGUGGAUAGUGGAAACAGGAGAUCGUGGAUCCUCCUUCAAAAAUGGAGGAUGGAAAGCCCGUUUGGGCGCCACACCCUACAGAUGGAUUUCAGAUGGGCAAUAUUGUGGAUAUUGGCCCCGACAGCUUAACAAUUGAACCCUUGAAUCAGAAAGGCAAGACAUUUUUGGCUCUCAUAAACCAAGUGUUUCCUGCAGAAGAGGACAGUAAAAAAGAUGUGGAAGAUAACUGUUCACUAAUGUAUUUAAAUGAAGCCACACUGCUCCAUAAUAUCAAAGUUCGAUAUAGUAAAGACAGAAUUUAUACAUAUGUCGCCAACAUUCUGAUUGCAGUGAAUCCAUACUUUGACAUACCUAAAAUAUAUUCUUCAGAAGCAAUAAAGUCAUAUCAAGGAAAAUCUCUUGGGACAAGACCACCUCAUGUCUUUGCAAUUGCUGAUAAAGCUUUUCGAGACAUGAAGGUGCUCAAGAUGAGUCAGUCUAUCAUUGUGUCUGGAGAAUCAGGAGCCGGCAAAACAGAAAAUACAAAAUUUGUUCUAAGAUACCUGACUGAAUCCUAUGGAACAGGUCAAGAUAUUGACGACAGAAUUGUUGAAGCUAACCCACUCCUAGAAGCCUUUGGAAAUGCAAAGACUGUUCGCAACAAUAAUAGCAGUCGAUUUGGGAAAUUUGUAGAAAUACAUUUUAAUGAAAAGAGCUCAGUUGUUGGAGGAUUUGUUUCACAUUAUCUCCUAGAGAAAUCUAGGAUCUGUGUUCAAGGCAAAGAGGAAAGAAAUUAUCAUAUCUUUUAUAGGUUGUGUGCUGGUGCUUCUGAAGAUAUUAGAGAAAAACUUCAUUUGAGUUCACCAGAUAAUUUUCGGUAUUUAAACCGAGGCUGCACUAGAUACUUUGCUAACAAAGAAACUGACAAACAGAUUUUACAGAACCGCAAAAGUCCUGAGUGCCUUAAGGCAGGUUCUAUGAAAGAUCCUCUGUUAGAUGACCAUGGUGAUUUUAUUAGAAUGUGCACGGCUAUGAAAAAAAUUGGUUUGGAUGAUGAAGAAAAGCUUGAUCUCUUCCGGGUAGUAGCUGGUGUCCUGCACCUUGGAAAUAUUGAUUUUGAGGAAGCUGGCAGCACUUCAGGUGGUUGUAAUCUGAAGAAUAAAUCUGCUCAGUCUUUGGAAUAUUGUGCUGAAUUACUGGGUUUGGACCAAGAUGAUCUUCGAGUAAGUUUGACCACAAGAGUCAUGCUAACAACAGCAGGGGGCACCAAAGGAACAGUUAUAAAGGUACCUCUGAAAGUGGAGCAAGCAAACAAUGCUCGUGAUGCCCUGGCAAAGACGGUGUAUAGCCAUCUUUUUGAUCAUGUGGUAAACAGAGUAAAUCAGUGUUUUCCUUUUGAAACAUCAUCCUAUUUUAUUGGAGUCCUAGAUAUUGCUGGUUUUGAGUACUUUGAGCAUAACAGUUUUGAACAAUUUUGCAUCAACUAUUGCAAUGAAAAACUUCAACAAUUUUUUAAUGAAAGGAUUCUGAAGGAGGAACAAGAACUCUAUCAAAAAGAAGGUUUAGGUGUUAAUGAAGUGCAUUAUGUAGAUAAUCAGGACUGUAUAGAUUUAAUUGAAGCCAAAUUAGUGGGAAUACUGGAUAUUUUGGAUGAAGAAAAUCGCCUUCCCCAGCCAAGUGAUCAACACUUUACAUCUGCAGUUCACCAAAAGCACAAGGAUCAUUUUCGACUCACUAUUCCCAGAAAAUCUAAGCUGGCAGUUCAUAGGAACAUCAGAGAUGAUGAAGGCUUCAUUAUCAGGCAUUUUGCGGGGGCAGUGUGCUAUGAAACAACCCAGUUUGUGGAGAAAAAUAAUGAUGCUUUACAUAUGUCUCUUGAAUCCUUAAUAUGUGAAUCCAGAGAUAAGUUUAUACGGGAAUUAUUUGAAUCAUCCACAAAUAACAACAAAGAUACUAAACAAAAAGCAGGAAAACUUAGCUUCAUCAGCGUGGGAAACAAGUUUAAGACACAGUUAAAUUUGCUUCUGGAUAAACUUCGAAGUACUGGAGCAAGCUUUAUUCGUUGCAUCAAACCUAACUUAAAGAUGACAAGCCACCACUUUGAAGGUGCUCAAAUUCUGUCUCAGCUUCAGUGUUCAGGGAUGGUGUCUGUUUUGGACUUGAUGCAGGGUGGUUACCCGUCACGAGCUUCAUUUCAUGAACUCUACAACAUGUACAAAAAGUAUAUGCCAGAUAAACUUGCAAGAUUGGAUCCAAGACUAUUUUGUAAGGCUUUGUUUAAAGCUUUGGGAUUAAAUGAAAAUGACUACAAGUUUGGGUUAACCAAAGUAUUUUUUAGACCUGGCAAGUUUGCAGAAUUUGAUCAAAUCAUGAAGUCUGACCCUGACCACUUAGCAGAGUUGGUUAAAAGAGUCAAUCACUGGCUCACAUGCAGUCGCUGGAAGAAAGUUCAGUGGUGCUCACUCUCAGUCAUCAAAUUGAAAAACAAAAUAAAAUAUCGAGCUGAAGCGUGCAUUAAAAUGCAAAAAACUAUCCGAAUGUGGCUUUGCAAGAGGAGACACAAACCUCGCAUUGAUGGCCUGGUUAAGGUGGGCACACUGAAAAAACGACUUGAUAAAUUUAAUGAGGUAGUCAGUGUGUUGAAAGAUGGAAAACCAGAGAUGAAUAAACGGAUCAAGGAUCUGGAAAUUUCCAUUGAUGCUUUGAUGGCCAAAAUUAAGUCCACUAUGAUGACGCAGGAACAAAUCCAGAAAGAAUAUGAUGCACUGGUUAAAAGCUCAGAGGAACUCCUCAGUGCAUUACAGAAAAAAAAACAGCAGGAAGAGGAAGCAGAAAGGCUGAGGCGUAUUCAAGAAGAAAUGGAAAAGGAAAGAAAAAGACGUGAAGAAGAUGAAAAACGUCGAAGAAAGGAAGAGGAAGAAAGGCGGAUGAAACUUGAGAUGGAAGCAAAGAGAAAACAAGAAGAAGAAGAGAGAAAGAAAAGGGAAGAUGAUGAAAAACGCAUUCAAGCUGAAGUGGAGGCGCAGCUGGCCCGACAGAGGGAGGAGGAAUCCCAACAGCAAGCAGUUCUGGAGCAGGAGCGCAGGGACCGGGAGCUGGCCCUGAGGAUUGCCCAGAGUGAAGCCGAGCUCAUCAGUGAUGAGGCCCAGGCCGACCUGGCGCUGCGGAGCUUGGAUUCCUAUCCAGUAACUUCUAAAAAUGAUGGAACAAGACCCAAAAUGACACCGGAACAAAUGGCCAAAGACAUGUCAGAAUUUUUGAGUAGAGGUCCUGCUGUACAAGCCACCAAAGCAGCUGCUGGUACUAAGAAAUAUGAUCUUAGUAAAUGGAAAUAUGCAGAACUACGUGAUACCAUCAAUACUUCUUGUGAUAUUGAGCUCCUGGCAGCUUGCAGAGAAGAAUUUCAUAGGAGACUAAAAGUGUAUCAUGCUUGGAAAUCUAAGAACAAGAAGAGAAAUACUGAAACAGAGCAACGUGCUCCAAAGUCUGUUACUGAUUAUGAUUUUGCACCAUUUUUGAACAAUUCACCUCAGCAGAACCCAGCAGCUCAGAUUCCUGCCAGGCAGCAGGAGAUUGAAAUGAACCGACAGCAACGCUUCUUCCGCAUCCCAUUCAUCCGCCCUGCCGACCAGUACAAAGAUCCUCAGAGUAAGAAAAAAGGCUGGUGGUAUGCCCAUUUUGAUGGACCAUGGAUUGCCCGGCAAAUGGAACUCCAUCCUGACAAGCCACCCAUCCUACUUGUGGCUGGUAAGGAUGACAUGGAGAUGUGUGAGCUGAAUCUUGAGGAGACUGGCCUGACUCGGAAGCGUGGUGCUGAGAUCUUGCCAAGACAAUUUGAAGAAAUCUGGGAACGCUGUGGAGGCAUCCAGUACCUUCAGAAUGCGAUUGAGAGCAGACAGGCUCGGCCCACCUAUGCAACAGCCAUGCUGCAGAAUCUGUUAAAGUAGAUGUUGCACACCAGCCUUGUAGCUGGGAGCCUUUGCCAUGGUACUUAGGUAGGGUGUGUGCCCCCAGAUUUGACCAUUCCAUAAUCAUGUUAGAGUUACUUCUAUAAAGUGAACAGAUUUUAUUAAUCAUGGCUUUUGGUGAAUUUGUUUAAGGUUAAUUACGGUAACAAAUUUUGGACCUAAAAAUUAUUUUUCUGUAUCCUGCUGUAAUUCCCAGAACUCUCAUUAUUCUCUAUUACACUUGGACACAUUCUGAUGUUUCUCAUCCUUUGCCAGAAGACUACCUUACAUCUAUCAUAAUUGUUCUCUAGGAAAAGAGAACUUUUUUCAAAAUUCAAACUACUUUUUAAGGAUGGCACAGUACUGUAUAACUGGAGUAAUAAAACAUGAGCUUACAGUCUUAUAAUAACUAAACCACUUAAAAUGAUCCAGGCACUAAUGUUUUGGUCUGAAAAGCUGUGUACUUUAUAGACAUUUUCAGACAUUUUUGGGAAUUUCCAUUAAAGGUGGAAAAUCUAUUUUUUUCCUCCUUUGCAGUGUCUUAGUUUGAAUGAAACACUUCUAAGUUCUAGAAUUCUAGAAAGAGCCUUAAUGUAUUUGAUAUAUUCUGUGAUAAGAGGUACUAAUAGUAUCCAGCACAGAUUUGCUUUUCUUUGCUAGCACAAUGUGUGUUGCUGUCAGAAUAUUCUUUUUAUAUUCCGUGGAAAAAUAAAGGAAAGUCAGAUUGUUUAAAUGCCUAAAAGUUUUGAGAUAAGUUUUUAGGUUUUAGGUGGCAUAGUGGCUUAACUGGACUGAAUUCAAAUAUUCUUUCAACUUCAUCUCAAUAGUGAUUUUUGUAUCAGAAUCUUGUCCAAGUUGUUUCAUUGAUUUAGUAAGCGUUCUGCUUCCAACAUCUUUCUUUUUAAGAAAUUCCUAGUGUCUUUUUUGGCCGUUGACGUUUUGGUAAUUGUAGACCUGUUUCAUAAGCUUUGUAAUUCAGAAGUCCUUGUAUUUAGUAAGUGCUUGUUUUACAUAACUGAUAAUUUUAAAAUGUUUUCCUUGUGUGCUGUUAGUAUUGAUUCAAAUGUCAGCUUUAAGCCUAAUAUUUAUGACUUUCACAUUUGGAAUUUAAAGACAAAAAUACAUCAAGGAGUUAUGCUGACAUAAUUCUAAGGAGUCUUGUUGUAUUUUAGAAUAAAAUUAUAAAGUAAAAUUAUUCUCUGUACUGCUUUUUUCUCCAGUUUUUAGAGACCCUAACCUUUGAAAUGAAAUUUCAGUGAUUUCUUUUUUCCCUAGAAAGAUUACCUCAGUUAGGGAAGUAUUUCCCAGCUGACUAGUGUUUGUGAGCCACAGACACUGUCUUCAGAAUUGCUUUUCUCAUGUCUUAGUAUAGAAAUAUUUAUUUAUUAUGAUACAUGCAAAUGAUUGUCAAGUUAAAUUAAAUGGUCGUGUCUGUGCUAUUAAUUGAGAAUGCAAAUGUGAUUAUCUUUUGAAGGCUGUAUUACUGCAUAGAUUCACCCACCCUUGGGUCAUUUCAUCUCUGUGAUUGGUAACAGAAGGUGUAGCUACUGAAAUAAAUGACCUAUUCUCUCUCUUCCA